CCUCCUUUCACCAGAUCCUCACUUUGCAGCUCACCCUGCACACCUGCCUCAGUAACCACCGGGAUUUCUAAUUUACAACAUACACAUCUCUGCUGCACCUGUCACAUUACUGCACUAAUUCCCUUCUUUUAGGGUAUGGUUUGAGGUUGUGAGGCGCUGGACACUGGUCUUUAGUUCAUCAGGACUAGGUAGAUAAGUGCCCUAUUGAAGAAUGCCAAGCAACCAAAUGAAGCUGAGCUCCUCAAGUAUGGAGUCCGAGUUCUCCAGUCGCCGAAUGAGUGACUUUGAAAGGAGUGGAAGUUUUGACAGUCAGGGCAGUCGCUCCAGAUCCAGAAGUUCAAACCUGGAUGAUGAAAACCUCAAAUACCUAACGAACGAGGAGAAGAAUGCUCUCUUGUUUUUUGAAGAAACUUUAGAUGCUUUUGAAGAUGACAUAGAAGAGCCACAGAUUUCCUCAGAUACAAGUUUUGGCUUUUGUUCUCCUAAAUCAGCAGAAGAAAGUCAGUCUGAGUCUGAAGAUAUCAUCGAUUUAGUGCAGCUUGAUAAAAGUCAAGUGGAUGAGUACGUGCUACCAGAUUUAGUCAUUGGAUCAGAAAUUGGCAGAAAAACCACCCAGACAGAGACUGAGUCUGUCUAUUCUACAAGUCUGACUAUGGUCCUUCCAGAAGACGACUACACAAAACCUACUUCAGAAUUGCCAUCAGAGUCCCGGAAAUUUCUCGGUGCAGUCCCAACUCCUGUGAUAAUUGCUCAAAAGAUUUCAGAAAAAAAAGCAGAGAAUGCAAAUCUUUCACCCUUGUCCCCAAAGGAAGGGAAUUCAGGGGAAUUAAAAAGGAGUGUUGCAACUUCACCUAUCAGUGAGGACUACUUCAGAUUCCCUGGUCGAUUUCCAAAUAACAUAAAUAUUAAGCAAGUUGGGAAACAAUAUAACAAAACUAUUGCCAAAGCAGCGGUCAAUGUUCAAGAGCGCAAGGCUCAAGUAUUGGCCAAUCUAACUGGACCUGCUUUAUAUGCUGAUGAGAUGGACAAUAAAGGUCAUCGUGAACAGUUAAGUCGGUCUAGGAGCUCAUCAUUUCGGGAUAUGAGUACUGAACAAACCAGGUAUGAGGCUUUGACCAAACUUGGUUUGGUUAAAGAAACUCCAGCUCAGACUAAAGCUGUUGGGGAAACCUCUCCUAUCACAAAUGGUCACCAUCCUCCAAAUUUCCUAUCACCAGAAUCUCCCAGGAAAUAUUCUAAUGAACCUGAAAGCAUCAGUAGUUUAUUAAAGCAUGAACCUAGUCAAUUUGUUCCUUUGGGGAAAACUGUGGUUUUCAAAGGUGAUGAAGUAUGUGCUGCAGAGAAGAGCAAGCGCCAUAGCGCUCCUCAAAGCAUUCAGGAGCAGAAACAACCAAACCUUCAUCAGGAUAUCAAAAGGACUUUCUCAAUGCCAAGACCAACUGGCUUUCGGCCCCAGGGGAUUACAGUGCAAUUUUCAGGACGUGAUGCCUCAGAGGAAUCUAAAAAAGAUGCUCUGCGGAGAUUGGGCCUAUUGAAGAAGUCAUUCUAACACGUUUCCACGUGUAGGACAAUGGUAUUGCCAUAUGGAGAACAAGCUAAACAGGAUUAUUCUGUGUACAGUUGUCAGGAAAAGGAAGCCAUACUGUUUCUAUGAAUCAGAGAUCACAAAUUAUUAUUAUGUACAGCUUUUACAGGAUUUGCCCAACCACCUUGUUAACCUACAAUGCUUGUACAUUGUCACCAAAUAUAUUGCUGAAUUACCACAAAGGAUUUUACUUUUUCUAAAGCAUUCACAACAAUAUUGUUCUAUAAAAUUGUAUAGAUUUAAUUAUUGUCCUGAGUAUGGAUUAUUUAACCAUUAUAUAUCAAUUCUGAGGAACCAGCUUUACACUUUUAUAUAAACCUGUCUAGCUUGUAAAUCGAUAUUUGUAACAUGAUAAAAACAAAGUAAAAGUAUACUAUUUAAUACAUGUAAAAAGAAAUUGUCUUACAAA